AUGCAAGCAAUUAAGUGUGUCGUUGUUGGUGAUGGUGCCGUCGGAAAGACCUGUCUGCUCAUCUCUUACACAACCAAUGCCUUCCCAGGCGAGUACAUCCCAACCGUUUUCGAUAACUAUAGCGCCAAUGUGAUGGUUGACGGAAAGCCAAUCAACUUGGGUCUCUGGGAUACUGCCGGUCAGGAGGAUUACGAUCGUCUCCGCCCACUCUCAUACCCACAGACUGACGUGUUCUUGAUCUGUUUCUCCAUCAUCUCACCAUCCUCCUUUGAGAACGUCACUGCCAAGUGGCACCCAGAGAUCUGCCACCACGCACCAAACGUCCCAAUCAUCCUGGUCGGCACCAAGCUCGAUAUGAGAGACGACAAGGAGACCCUCGACAGACUCAAGGAGAAGAAGCUCAACCCAAUCUCCUACGAGCAGGGUAUGGCCAAGAUGAAGGAGAUCAACGCCGUCAAGUACCUCGAGUGCUCGGCCCUGACCCAGAAGGGACUCAAGAACGUUUUCGACGAGGCCAUCAGAGCCGUCAUCAACCCACCAAUCAAGAAGAAGACCUCCUCCAAGUCUGGAUGUCUCAUUUUGUAA